CUUUCACCCCCUCUCUGCAUUGUCACGGCCCUGUCUCACCGCUCUUAAAAGGCCACUCCUGGCUCCAGUUGCCGACCAGCCUGCCCACUUGCCUCCCGGCCUGCCUGCCGGCUGCCUCGGAUGCCUGCCUCUUCCAGUUCCGUGGGGGUCUAACAAGGCAGGACCAUGUCUACCUUUGGCUACAGGAGAGGACUUAGCAAAUAUGAAUCCAUCGACGAGGAUGAACUUCUGGCUUCCCUGUCAGCUGAGGAGCUGAAGGAGCUAGAGAGGGAGCUGGAAGACAUUGAACCCGAUCACAGCCUGCCCGUGGGGCUAAGGCAAAAGAGUCUGACCGAGAAAACCCCCACGGGGACGUUCAGCAGAGAGGCACUGAUGGCCUAUUGGGAAAAGGAGUCCCAAAAACUCCUGGAGAAGGAGAGGCUGGGGGAGUGUGGAAAGGUGGCCGAGGAAGAGGACAAAGAUGAGAGCGAGGAGGAGCUGGUGUUCACGGAGACUAACAGCGAGGUUUCCGAGGAGGUGUACACCGAGGAGGAGGACGAGGAGGACGAGGAGGACGAGGAGCACGAGGAGCACGAGGAGCACGAGGAGCGCGAGGGCCGCGAGGGGCACGAGGGGCGGCAGGGGGGCGGGGAGCAGGGAACAGCGGAAAAGGAGAAAAGCAUCAACGGAACGGCCAGUCCCGGAAGCGGAAGCGGCAGCGGCAGCGGAAGCGGAAGCGGCGGCGGCGGUUCUGACAACGCCAGGCCACAGACGUUCCGAAGCCAAAUAGAGAACGUCCAUCUGACCAACGGCCACGGUGGGGGGAACGCGGAGCCCCCGGCGGCCGCUCACCCCUGCGGGAACCCCACGGCGAUCGAGGAGACCCUGGAGAAGAUCCGGAACAACGACCCCGACACCACGGAGGUCAACCUGAACAACAUCGAGAACAUCGCGCCGCAGACCCUCGCCCGCUUCGCCGCCGCGCUCGCGGCCAACACGGCGGUGAGGACCUUCAGCCUCGCCAACACGCGCGCCGACGACAGCGCCGCCGCCGCCAUCGCCGAGAUGCUGCGGGUCAACCGGCACAUCACCAGCGUCAACGUGGAGUCCAACUUCCUCACGGGCAAGGGCGUCCUGGCCCUCAUGAGGGCCCUGCAGCACAACACGGUGCUCACCGAGCUGCGCUUCCACAACCAGCGCCACAUCCUGGGCAGCCAGGUGGAGAUGGAGAUCGUCAAGCUGCUCAGGGACAACACGACGCUGCUGAGGCUGGGCUACCACUUCGAGCUCCCGGGACCAAGAAUGAGCAUGACGAGCCUCCUCACGAGAAAUAUGGAUAAACAGAGGCAGAAACGGAGGCAGGAGCAAAAACAGCAAGAGGGCUGCGACGGGGGAGCCAACCUGAGGACCAAAGUCUGGCAAAGGGGAACCCCUGGCUCUUCACCCUAUGCGUCUCCCAGGGGCUCUCCCUGGUCAUCCCCCAAACUCCCCGCGAAAGGCCACUCGGCAGCGGCGGCGAGGCGGCCCGCGUCCCCCGCGGCGCCCCCCGCGCCCCCGCCGCCCCCGCCCCCGCCGCCCCCGCAGAAGCUGCCGCCGCCCCCGCCGCCGCCCCCGCCGCCGCCCCCGCCGCCCCCGGAGAAGAAACUGAUCACGCGAAACAUCGCAGAAGUCAUCCGACAACAGGAGAGCGCCCAGCGGGCGUUACAGAAUGGACAGAAAAAGAAAAAAGGGAAGAAGGUUAAGAAGCAACCAAACAAUAUCCUAAAGGAGAUCAAAAAUUCCCUGAGGUCAGUGCAAGAAAAGAAAGCGGAAGAGAGUUCCCGCCCUUCUACGCCCCUGAGGUCAGCUCACGAGAACCUCAUGGAAGCUAUUCGGGGAAGCAGCAUCAAGCAGCUGAGGCGGGUGGAAGUUCCAGAAGCUCUGCGAUAAAAACAUGAUCUUUAGAAGAGGAUGAAGAAUCAUUCGAUGGUAUUAAAUAAGAUGCAUUGUGAGAUGUUUCUAUGAUCCCUUCUUCAAUUUGAAAUGUUUCCUGACUUUAAUAAUAGCCUUACCCGUUAAUCCCAGAAAAGAAUUUUAAGAAACAAUCGGCAUGUUUCUUCUGUAAAUAUGAAAAUAAACUACUUUUUUUUUAUGUUAUGAGAUUUGUGUUGGCAAAAAGCGGUUUAUUUAAAGAUGCGCUUAUAUCUCUGGAUAUGCUGAUAACUCCGAGCUGUAAUGAGUUAAUGAAAUGUGCUGUUAUUUUUGUAAUCCCAAUAAAUUUGGAUUGAAGUUUU